UACAUAUCGAGUCAGGGCCAUCUGCAGGCAAACAGCUGUUUGCCUUUGGAAAUUAAAUUGCAAACUUUUUUUUGGAAGCGAGGAGCCUGCAAUGUCGGCAUUUGUGAAAUCCGUGUGCUUGGCCCAAAAGCUAUGCGCCGCCAAUCCCGCCGUGGUUCGCCAGGCGGUGCGCAGCAUGGCUGGCUGGAACAAGGACUACAAGCCGGCACCCUUUCCACAAACGGAGAAGGAGCGUCUGGCGGCGGCCAAGAAGUAUUACCUUCUGCCGGAGGAGUACAAACCAUAUGCGGAUGAUGGCCUGGGCUACGGAGACUAUCCCAAAGUGGGCGGCGGACUGGGCGUGGAGGCCAAGGACAACUACUAUCCCUGGGACUAUCCGGAGCACAAGCGUAAUCACCACGAGCCCAUCUCGGCGGAUCACGAUCUGUACAGUGAGGAUCGCUGGUCGCAGGCAGAACCGCCACGCUACAAGAACUCGUACUACUUCAUUGUCUUCCUGAGCGUCAUGUCCGGCUGCCUGGCCCUAUACUACUGGCUGGAGGACAAGAAGAUGUACCGCCCCGUGGCCGCCAAGCAAUAUCCUGCCGAAGGCGUCAAGCACUACACCUUCGAGAAGUAGGAAAGCAUCCUCAACUCGAUCGCUCUGCGGGCCUCGUUUUUAUUUCAUAGGCAAUUUAUCAACGCAUCUGUACAAUUAAAAUGAAAAGAAACCAA